GAAUGAGAUGGUUUGGUUUUUGCUUGGCCUGCCAUACGUUUGCUCCAACGUUGAAUUCAAGAGCUUCUCUACCCAUGCAAGUGAGCACCGGUGUGCAGUGGUGAAAUCGUCUACGUCUAAUCAAAUGACAAAGAAAUUUGUUGGUCGCGAUGGCUCUUUCUUGCCUGUUUCAUCACGAGAAAAUUUGCCAGCUUGGAGGCAAUUUACCCCCUCGCAAUUGCUCCUCAUAAGAGAGCAUUCUCAGUCGGCUCUUGCAGUUGACCCGACCAGCACAUUCAAUCUCCGGCCACCUGAGCUGCUCUUUGUGCGCUCAGUAUCUGACUACAUUCAGUGGUUUAGUGGGAAAUCUGUGCGAAGCUACAAGGCCUCAGCAGAUUUGGAGACAAGCCCAUGGAUUGAUGGUGAUUGCAAGCAGAUGCGAAUUCGCAUCCGUUACUUGCCUGCAUUGAAAACUCACUUGCGCCAGCUAGCUGCUCAGAAUGGCAAUUUUGAUCACCAUGAUAUCCUAAAUUUGGUUGAGAGGCUGGCUGCAGAACUGAUGCAGGAUUUACCUAGAUCUGCCAUGUUCAAGAACUUUGUGGAUUCUGAAAGUUCAAAGGAAGUCGUUGUUGUAUCCUCGGGUAUUGAGCCAAAAUGUUUUAAUAAAUUUUUGGUGCAUAUACUUUUGACCCAGGGCAAAUUUGACACGGAAAUUGAUCUUUUUGGUUUUCCAACACUAUUACAUUCUUUUGAAAAGGCUGGCCUCAUUCUUGAUGCCAACCAUCCUACUGAGGCUGAGGCCAACGAGAUACUUGCCACAUAUGUAAUGAGAGAUUUACGUGUGUUACCUUUGAGUACUUCAGCCUUUAGCAGAUGCUUGAAAUUUGCUAUGGACGGACUCAAGUAUUACUUUAAUACUGGACUAAUUGAGUACUCAGAUGUUCCUCUUGCCAGUUUGAGGGCCAUCAGAGCUGACGCAGAAGAGCAAUUGCGCUUGCUUGAAAAAUCAAAUCGUGACAAACUGGUCACCAUUCUAGUGAACUAUAACUUUGAAAAUGCUCCUGAACCUGAAAUUUUGGGUAGUGGUGAAGUUUUUGAAUUUGUGCCACAGUUGAAUCUGGAUCUUCCUGGCCAAAGUGAGGAUUCUAAAGAAGAACAAAUGUUGGCUCUUCAGAAACUCACUUCAACCAUUGACUCAUUCAGCAAUGUUGGGACAGCAUUUGUCAAAUUUCCUCUCUUAAUUGGCCCUCCUGGUGCGGGAAAAACCUACCUUCUGAUGUUGGCCGCUCUCUACGCCUUGUCCAAAGGCUUGAGGACAAUCACAACUGCAUUAACAGCAGAGCGCGCGCAAGUCCUUGGUGGGGAGCAUUUACACAUGUUAUUUUGCUUACCUGUGAGUAAAAGCAGCUUGCAGAGUGUCGCAAUUAUUGCUGAAAAAUGUCUUGGUAAUUUGGUAAGAAGUCCUAGAAAAUUAGCCCAUCUGAAACGGAUUGAUGUCUUAGUCAUUGAAGAAAUAGGCUUGAUCCCUGGUUAUUUAUUCAAUAUACUGGAUGUCGUUUUACGCCGGAUCAAAAGCACAAAUGUCCCCUUUGGUGGAGUUCUCAUCUUGGCAUCAGGUGAUCCAAAGCAAUUGAAACCUGUUGAUGGCACUGCAAUAUGGAUGAGUCCCAACAUUUACACUCUAUUCAAUGUUAUGUGUCUGCAAAACUUUGUGCGCUCACGGAGAGACUUUGACUUGCAAGAAAUUAUCAAGAAAAUGAGAAAGCCGAGUCUUGCAGCUGAAGAUGUUCAGUUUGUCGUAUCAACACUGUCAGCACGGUGUUUUCCACGCAACUUUGUCGCAUCAUGGAAUGAUGUGCCCGAUGAAUACCACAGGGUUGUUGGUAAAAAUGCAGCAGUCGCGGAUGCUGUACGAGUUUUCUUGGAUCAUAAGAAACAAACUCGUGGUUUGCAGCAUUGUAUAAUCACUUCAGAAGAUGAGACAGAGGUGAUUGGAGGCAAUUACAAGCCAGCCAACGCUAAAAUAAGCAAGCUUCUCACCCAUCAUUUGAAGGAACCCGCAGAACUGUUCUUGUAUGUUGGGCAAAUCUUACGCUUAACAUACAAUAACACCAGUUCAACUCGAAAUUGUCCUCGCUUCUCCCAAGGGCAGCUAGUUGUUGCUAUUGGGUUGCCUGAUAUGAAUCUUGCAAGAGAGGAACAGCGUAUUAAGGUGAAGCUGUUGCCACCUGGAUGUAGGAAUGUGGAUAGAAUACCACAAGAUGCAGAGGAGUUCUGGCUCUCACGUCGCUGGACCAUUCCAACAGCUGUUGGUUUCCCACGCUCCAAAGCUCGCAGGCUGCAGUUUCCACUUACUUAUUAUGUGUGCAGCACAGUUCAUCGUCUGCUAGGUGACUCGUGCUCAAAGCUUGCAACUCAAAUAAAUCCAGGCAAUCGCACAUAUUCUCUCUGGGAACGCGAUCAGUUGUUGGUUAUAAUCAGCAGAGUCUCCUCUCUUGAUGAUGUGUUGUUUGUGGGGUCUCAGCACGACACAAUGCAGGCCAUCACGGAACUCUUGAAUCAAACUAAUGUAUGGGAUGAUCGAAUUGACAAAAUAAUGUCUUCAGUUGACGCUUUGAGAGAUGGAGGUGGCAUUCUUCCGCCCAUCAAAUCACUGCCUUCUCUCAAUACUUCCAUUCCUUCUCAAAAUUGUGGAUUUACCACAAUGUUUGUGAGCAUCAACUUUCCUAACAAGUAUGAACUAUUGGAAGCAGCAUCAAUUGAAAAUGCUUUGUGGGAGUACAAUUAUUCUCGUUUGGAUAGCAGGAAUCAUUUCAAACCAUGGGCAGUAGCCGCCUUUGUUUGCGGGUUCCCUGGUGGAGGUGAUCAGCAUGAGAAUUUAGAGAUGCGCCAACAUUUUGAGGAGCAGUGGAGAGCCAAUAUAUAUGAACAACAUCAUAACACUGAAACCAGUCAUGAUGCGAUAUUAUGUGGUCAACAAACAUUUGCUGAUUUUCGGCAACGUUUUCAAAAUGCAUCAUCACUGGUCUUCAGGCAGUGCUGUGUGCUGCCGACUACAAGACCUGAAGUUGGUUCUCCAAUAAUAGAACCAAUUGCUGCUGAGGUCACCUUGCCCCCAAGAGAAAGUCAAAGACCGUUGCCUGAGGAUGUCGAAGUAAGAAGUUGCAACAAGAAAAGAAGACUAGAGUGACAGCAGAAGUAGCGUUUUCAAAGCAUCAUGAAAGAAGGGAGAGUUGGUAUUUGAGGAGAGGGAAUCCCUAAAUGGUGCCCGCCUCAACAUUCCAAUCGCUGCAUAAUUACAUGCGGCUCUAUGUAUCGCUUGAUGUACUGGAUGAGGCACAGGAACUUGAGGCUGCAUACUGCACUGUUAUGGUAACAUAAGGAUUAUGGAUGUCAGUUGGAGAGGGGGCUCUUAUGCAAUAUCCAAGUCGUGGUUACAAGCUGCUUAUCAGGCCUGUCCAGAAAAUGUUGAUAAUUGUGCCUGAUUCAUCUUGU